AAACCACCAACCCACUGUUUUAGCAAACCACCAGCCCUAAGUGUACACGUGGCAGCGAACACCCUCUUAUUUAAACCCCACGCAAGAAGGAAUGGAUUAUCCCUCACCACUAAAAAACUAGUAGCAAUAUACUAAUUGUUUGAAUUAGUUGGAAAAUGGAAGGCUCAAAACUGAUAAUCCUAGUUGCCCUAGCUGUGGUAGCUGCAGCAGCCAUAUCCGUGAACGCAAAGGGAGAUGCAGACGGCACCAUCUGUGGCGUCACCCAGAGCGAGCUCAUGGAGUGCAAGCCGGCGGUGGCGACGGGAACCGAGACGCCGCCGAAGCCCACGGCCGCCUGCUGCUUCUCCCUGAAGCACGCCAACCUCACGUGCUUCUGCACCUUCAAGAACAACAAGUAUCUGCCCCUCUUCGGAAUCGACGUGACACGAGCCAUGAAGCUGCCUUCCACAUGCGAUCCAACCCAAACUGCAUCUUGCACCUAAAUUCUACUACUACUUUCAUUUUAUCUUUGUCCUAGCUAUCCUAUGUUUUAUUUUAUGUUUAAUUGUUGGUAGUGCCUCAUUUUAUUGCAUGUUUGUUACUUGACUUACGUAACAUGUAAGUUGAUCGUUUGGAAUGAUGGUUGUGUUGUGUUGUGCGUGUAAACACGUCUCCAUAUUAUGUGAUGGCCUACUUGUUGGAUUUAA